CUAACGGGCUAACGACGUUAGCUGUAUCAAUUCAUCAUCAGCUGGUUGCGUGUUUGUUGUAUGGUUUUGCUUAACCAGCUGAGUGUUAACGUUUGUUAUUGCAAAAUUGCUCACCGUAGUCUGGAUUACCAAUCGGGCAUGUUUAGAUUACAAGUCAGUGGUUAGUUGGGGUUGAUCUAUAUUGAAUAAUGGCCUGUCCCGAUUUGCUAUGUAGCUACAUGCUAAUGUCCUUCGAGGUCCUGAUGUUUUGAUUUUAAUAUUUUUCACGUUUUUUUCGUAUAUGACAACCUGAGAUGUGAAUACAUUUGUUCUAACAUAUCUUGGAUUCCUCAUUAGUCAGUUGAGGACUGCCAUGGAGGCAGUGGAGGAUGAUAUCUGCAUCCUGAAGCAUGAAACGGCCUACGGCGGAGCUGGGGAGAGCCCGGUGUCGGUGUGUGCCGGGGAUGAGUCAGUGGCCUCUCACUUCGCCCUGGUCACCGCCUACGAGGACAUUAAGAAGAGACUAAGGGACACGGAGAGAGAGAACACGCUGCUGAGGAAGAGGGUCAAACAACUGGAGGAUAAGCUGUUCAGGCCUGAGGCCCCUUCCCCUGAAGGACCCCAGUAUGUGAACAAGGCGUUCAGUGCAUACCGUGGGAUCUACAUUGAGAAAGAGGACCUGCAGCUGGAGCUGAAUAAGCUGAAGAGGGAGAAGAUGGAUUCUGAGAGGCUCCUCAAUGAGCAGCUGCAGGCCAAAGAGAUGGAGCUGCUGCAGCUGAAGACCGAGAUGGAGACGAGCCAAGUGAUGAAGAGUCUGACCAGCACACAGGACUACUGGCAGGUGGACAGGGUGAACAGUGAGCUGAAGAUCCACACUCUGCAGGAGGAGCUGGAGAGGAUGACCCUGGAGAACAGCCGACUGCAGGGCCACUGUGGGGAUUCAGCCGAAACGUCUGGAUCGGGCUGUGACCAGAAUCACAUGGAGUCAAACCAGAGGGUGAAAGCUGUUCUGCAGUCUUACGAGGCCCUGGCCUCUGAGAUCUUCACUCUGCAUUCAGUGUUGAAACAGCAGUCGGACCUGGUGAAGAAGCUAAGAGACAAACCCCUGAACACCGCCAGUAAACUAGCUUCCCCAACUAUUCCGGUCCAGUGCUUGGAUGAUGUGGAGAAGAACCAGAACCACCGACCAGUCCGCGUCUCAGUGCCUCGUUCUCCCAGUGCUCCCCCCGUCCCCUCCAGUUCUGGCCGGCCUUGUCUGCCACCUGUGGGCCCCCCGGCGCUGGAAGGUCUCCGGGAGGACUGCUGGCAGAAUGGGCCCUGGUCCGGGGCUUUGGGUCUGGGCAGUACCAGCCCUGUCCUCCUCCCUCCCCCUCCCCUCAACCAGCCCUCUCUGGACGAUUCCUCCUGGUCGUUUCCUUCUCCCCCCAAGCCUAGUGACGCCCUAUUCUGGGCGGGUCAGAACCAGGGUCUUGGCCACGGGAGCCCCUCGCACUCCUCCAGAGGUAGCGCCUCCAUGAGCCCCAACGGUGACUGGGCAAAGCCCCCACCUUACUGAGGGGACCCCCUGGGCUCGUAACCACCCACCCUGCCUUAAGCUGACACAAAGAGGCCAUUCUUCUGGACACUCCAGCCUGGGGAAGUAGCCACAGGACCUCCCCCUGUCCAACGGGAACUAGUAGCCACAGGACCUCCCCCUGUCCAACGGGAACUAGUAGCCACAGGACCUCCCCCUGUCCAACGGGAACUAGUAGCCACAGGAGAGGUCAACUAGCCCCCCCCCACCACCACCACCCCCGGAGAAGUCUGCCACGGUCCUCCCCUUCCCUUGAGGCCUUGCCAGACUAGAAGAGCGAUGCCUCCCCUCCUAAAGGUUUCUGGUGACGGAGGUCUUCAGCCUAUGACAAAGACAAUGGACACUGUGGUGUGUUCAUACAUGUAUUUGCUAAAGCCUUUCACUCACUGUGGUGAACUGAUACAGUCUGACUGGUUUUCAGACUGGUUUUGCUGACUGGUUUUCACCCCCCCCCCCAUCCCCCCCAAGAAAAGUUAUCUACAUGUUUCCAUUGUAAAGUAAAGUAUUAAAAUACACCUAUAUAUUGUCAAUCCUUUUGUUAUUGCACCAGUGUUAAGGAGAUGUGUAGCUUUUAUUAAAAUGUGUGAUGACUGGCAUAUAAAUACCCUGAGUAGCACCAAAACUGUUUCUGUUUAUAAAACACCCUUGGCAUUCUCGCCUGUCCAGAACCCCACAAGACACGUUUCCCUUUGCUAAUUUCCUGCAAUCAGCAUUGAGGGUUCAACCAUUCAGUUGAUGAUUGUAUAACCAUGCGUUUUCCAUUUAUUAUGGAAUUCAGUCGAUUCAUAAAAAUGUACAUGAAAGACACAAAGACCCUGAUUUAAUCAGAUGCUUGUUAUAAAGCAGUGCCCUGAACAGCCACCCCUAUUUGUUCCGUCAGACAAAACAUGCAAAACACUUUAACAGAGAUUUAAAAAAAACUCUACAUGAAUUAGAAAAUCUGUUCAACAGAACGUUUCACAACUAAAGAAAAUCUGUUUGGCAGAAUACACCCAUUACAAUGUCUUUGAAAGGUUACUGAAUUCCAGCCCAGUGCACCUUUCACCAGGGUCCCAUAGGGCUCUGGUACUUUUCACCAGGGUCCCAUAGGGUUCUGGUCAGAAGUAGUGCGCUAUAUAAGGAAUAGGAUACUAUUUGGUGCUGGGAAUUUAGUUACUUAGCCUUUGAGGUUUCUGCCAGGCUAAGUUUAGGUGCAUUAAACCGAUUUAGUUUUGGGCCUUCCCCCUCUAAAUACAGUGUUUUAAAGAGUACUAGCACACAAGGUUCUCUGUGGUUAUGAAGUUAAAUCUAAUCUCUAAAUGUGAUGUGAGUGCUGUCUUGCCUGGAAAGGGCCCAUUGUAAAGGGAUUUCUGUUCUCCACUAUCUUCCGUUUUCUGACAAAGAUAGCAGUUGUGAUCAAUGAUUGUCUUUUUUUUUAUACCAUUUUAUUUUACAGCAGUUUUUCAUACUCCCUCCUUUAAAAGAUUUGCAAACCAAAAUGCAAUGUACAGUAGAUAUGGAUUAUAUUUUAGAAAUGCAUUUAAGACUGCACAGUAAAUAUGAUUUCAAUUAAAUGAACGUGAAAGCCUUGC